AUGCAGAGAGAGAUAAAAGAGAAGGAAGAAAAAUGGAGCGGCGCCGUCUAUUUUGACGCUGUUAAAGGAACUCUCGCUUUCUCUCACGUCUUAGUCAUGUAUUCUGAUGAAUUCCGGAAGUCAAAGGGUCUCAUCUUGGCUACUUCGGAUGUAUCUGCACGUGGAGUUGAUUAUCUAGAUGUUACUCUUGUUGUACAGGUUGGUCUACCGGCUGAUAGAAAACAAUAUAUACAUCGACUAGGUAGAACGGGGCGAAGAGGAAAAGAAGGGCAGGGCAUACUGCUACUAGCUCCUUGGGAAGAGUUCUUUUUAGCUACUGCAAAAGAUUUACCUAUUGGGAAAGCUCUGGUCCCUUCAACUGAUCCUGACACUAAGAAAAAGGUGGAAAGGGCUCUAUCCAAUGUGGAGAUGAAAAAUAAAGAAGCAGCAUAUCAGGCAUGGCUUGGUUACUACAACUCUAACAAGAAAGUGGGGAAAGAUAAGUAUAGGUUAGUGGAGCUUGCAAAUGAGUUCAGUCGAUGCAUGGGGCUUGAUAGCCCUCCAGCUAUUCCUAAGCUUGUCCUUGGCAAGAUGGGUCUUAAAAAUAUCCCUGGUUUACGUUCCAAAUAGGUUUCCAUUCAAUUUCUGAUAACAGUUUUGUGAAAGAGAGAAAUGUUCUUGAAUUGAAAUGCCCCCACUUAUAGUUUGAUUUUAAGACUUGAAACUUCUAAAUUUCAACUAUCAUAGUAAUUUUUUCUGUAUAUUUUGUACUUCUAGAUGAAUUAUCAUUUAACAA